CGCCAUGGCGAUCGGAACCCCCCACCCCGGCAGUGGCCGCCCCUGGGCCUGGCGAAGGCAGGGUCUGCUGGGGUGGCCCCUGGGUGGGUGGCCGGCGGCAAGAUGGCGCGGCGCUCCUACCGGCGCCUGCCCUCCCGCCCCGCCUCGCCGCCCGAAGCCCCCGGCUCCUUCUCUUCCAGCCGCCUGGUCGAGGAGCCCGCGUCACUGCGGCAGCAGAAGCUGGAGCUGCAGCGCCGCAUUUUUGAGAAGAAGCAGCGUCGGAAGCGCCAGGAGCCGCUCAUGGUCCAGGCUAACCCUGACGCCAAGGUGACGGGCCGCCGGGGCCGCCGGCCCGAGGAGCACACCCCUCUGAUGGAGUCCUGCAGCGACCACAGCCUCUGCAACGGAACCAGCAACCCCUUCCUGGUGGAGUCGGUCCCGGAGGCCCAUCGCCCCACUGACGCCUGGGGCAGCUCCGUGCACCUGGACUGGGGCCCCCGAGCCGGGGGCGAGGCCGCAGGUGCCUCCGACGCGGAGCUGGAAGAGGCUGUCCUGGAGGACACGCGGCCCAUCAACAAGACCAAGGCGGCGCUCAGCUCCACACGCAAGGGUUGGCCGGCCAAGCGUAGCGGGGCCGGCCAUGCCGACGCACGACGCCCCCGGAGCUCGAAGCCGAAUGCCCCAUCGCCCGCACGAGGGGAGCGAGUCCCCUCUGUCAUCGUGGAGUUCAGAGACCCUCAGGACAGCAGCGACGGGGACGCCCCCCUGGAGGCCGGCGCUGCGGGCUGGGAGUCAGCCCUGGAGGGGGACUCGGAGGGGGAGGGGCAACUGCCCCAGGACCCCCCCGUGCCCCCCUCCCCCGUCAAGAGAAGACAGGACAGGAAGCUCCCCAGCAGAGGGUCUCUCGGCAGCCCCCCCGGGAGCGCGGAGGAGGAGGAAGGAGAGCCCGACAUCCUCUGCAGAUCCCUGGAGCCCACACCGGAGGCCGACACCCCCAGCCUGCCGGAGGAGGCGCCGGGGACCCCAUGGCCUCCGCGGCCAGAGGAGCUGGAGGGGUUCGUGCUGCGCCCGGCGCCCCCCGGGGUGACCGUCCAGUGCCGCAUCAGCCGGGACCGCAAGGGGGUGGACAAGGGCGUCUUCCCCUUCUACUACCUCCACCUGGAGAGAGAUGAUGGGAGGAAGCUGUUUCUCAUGUCUGGCCGGAAGAGAAAGAAAAGCAAAACCUCCAAUUACCUCAUUUCCCUCGACCCCAUCGACCUGUCCCGGGACGGGGACGGCUUCAUCGGGAAAGUCAGGUCCAACGUGCUGGGCACCAGGUUCACAGUGUUCGAUAACGGGACGAAUCCGGAUAAAAAACCCUUCGUCCCUGAAACGGCUCCGAUCCGGCAGGAGCUGGCGGCCAUUUGCUACGAGACCAAUGUGUUGGGGUUCAGGGGACCCCGAAAAAUGACUGUGAUUAUCCCCGGCAUGAACACGGACAACGAGAGAAUCAGCAUCCGCCCGAAAAACGAACACGAGACCCUGCUGACCCGGUUCCAGAACCGGAACCUCCAGAACCUGCUGGUUCUGCAGAACAAGGUGCCGGCCUGGAACGAGGAGACCCAGUCGUACGUGCUCAACUUCCACGGGCGCGUCACCCAGGCCUCCGUCAAGAACUUCCAGAUCGUCCCUGACCACGACUCCGAGUACAUCGUGCUGCAGUUUGGCCGGGUGGCGCCGGACGUCUUCACCAUGGACUAUCGCGCCCCCCUCUGCGCCCUGCAGGCCUUCGCCAUCUGCCUGUCCAGCUUCGACGGGAAACUCGCCUGCGAGUAGUCCCCGCCCCCUCCGACCCCACGACCUCAGUCAUGACCUCAUGACCUCUGACCCCACAACCUUUGAAUGACCCCACAACCUCUGACCCUGCGACCUCUGACCUAUGCUGACCUACUCUGAGUGGCUGGUUCCUCUCUGACCCACCCCUUCCCCUGUUGACGGGGCCUUGUCACCCUUGACCUCUGAUUCCUUGACUUUACCCUUUGACCUCUCACUACUCUGACCUCUGGCAUUUUUAAUGUCAUUCUUGACCUUUGACCUCCCCAUCUUAGCCUCUCGUCUCUUUGGGCCUAGCUCAUCCUUGACCUAUGACCCCUGACUUUCCUUGUGGCCCUCUGAUGUCAUCCUUGGCCUGCGGUCUAUUUGACCCUUGACCUCUGACCCUUCGUCCUGACCUUUCCCCUCUGGCCCUGAACCAUUUCACCUCUUUCGAAGACGUUGCCGUGACAGCUGCAGCUGGGGUCAGGAUCGGACAGCUGCAGCCGCCAUCUUGAUUGAUUCAGUGUCCCCCGCCCCCAAAGAAGGGGGGUCAGGGCUGUUCUGGGGGACCCCCCCCAAUCCACGGACUGUGAAGUGUCCCCACCCCCGAGAGUGUAACAGAUUCUUGAUCCAAA